AUGAAAUCCACCCAAGAGCGGAGCAAUGAAUGCCUGCCACCUAAGAAGCGAGAAAUCCCUGCCACCAGCCUGCCUUCGGAGGUGAAGCCGGUCCUGCCAAACGAAAACCACCGUGCGGAUAACCUAGCAUGGCUCCCCAGCACCCCCAGCAGCCAGGGCGGCCUGGGGAGCCGGCACCGGCCUGGGGGGACGUCGUCGGUGGAGGCGGGCUUGCAGCAGGGUUUGCACAAGUCCCUGUCUGCAGGCCUGGACUAUUCCCCGCCAAGCGCACCCAGGUCUGUGCCAGCCUCCACCACCCUUCCCACGGUGUACUCGCCUGCCCUCUCCCAGUCAGGGACCCCCGUUUCCCCCGUGCAGUACACGCACCUGCAACACACCUUCCAGUUUGUUGGGCCCCAGUACAGCGGGUCGUACACCGGAUUCAUCCCCUCACAGCUGAUUUCCCCAACAGCCAAUUGGGCCGUUGCAACCACUCCAUCCCAGCGCUCCCAGCUGGAGGCUUAUUCCACUUUGCUGGCCAGCAUGAGCGGCUUAAGCCAGCAGGGGCACAAAGUUGAGCCGCACCUGGUCAGGACACCUGGACUGAUCGCCGCUGGGUCUCCUCCACCCACCCAGCAGAACCAGUACGUCCACAUUUCCAGCUCUUCCCAGAGCACUGUCAGAAAUGUCUCUCCUCCAACCAUCCCGGUCCCUCUGCACCCCCAUCAGACAGUGAUCCCUCACACCCUCACACUCGGCCCUUCCUCCCAAGUAGUGGUGCAGUACACCGACUCGGGGGGCCACUUCGUCACCAGGGAUCCCCCCAAGAAGCCUGAGAGCAGCCGGCUGCAGGCGAUGCAGGCCAAGGAGGUACUGAACGGCGAGAUCGAGAAGAGCCGGAGGUACGGCAUUUCUCCCUCUGCCGACAUGGGUCUAGUCAAAGCAGGCAAUAAACCAGCUCCCCAUCAUUACGAGACCAGGCACGUGGUAGUCCACUCGAGCCCCGCUGAGUACGGCACGCGGGAUUCCUCAGGUGUCCGAGCCUCCGUCAUGGUAGUCCCCAACAGCAGCACACCCACAGCGGACAUGGAGGUGCAGCAGGCCACCAACCGCGACACCUCUCCAUCAGCCCUGAACGACAAGGGAAGCUUGCACUUAGGAAAGCCAGCCCAUCGGUCCUACGCCUUGUCUCCGCAGCAGGCUCUGGGCCACGAGGGGGUGAAGGCGGUGGCCACGCUGUCCCCUAACGCCCCGGGGCCCCGCGCCGCCCUGCCACAGCACCUGGUGAUCCCUGGCACCCAGUCCCUGCUGAUACCGGUCGGCAGCGCGGACGUCGAGCCGUCAGGAGUUGCGCCUGCAAUCGUCACGUCGUCUCCUCAGUUUGCAGCAGUGCCUCACACGUUCGUCACCACCGCCGUCCCCAAGAGCGAGAACUUCAGCGCGGAGCCCCUCACCACCCAGCCCGCCUACCAGGCCACCAUGGUGCAGGCGCAGAUCCACCUGCCCGUGGUGCAGUCCAUCGCUUCCCCAGCCGCCGCGCCCCCCACGCUGCCCCCCUACUUCAUGAAGGGGUCGAUCAUUCAGCUGGCCAACGGGGAGCUGAAGAAAGUAGAGGACUUGAAAACAGAAGACUUCAUACAGAGCGCGGAAAUUAGCAAUGACCUGAAAAUAGACUCCAGCACUGUGGAGAGGAUUGAAGACAGCCAUAGCCCAGGCAUUGCCGUGAUACAGUUUGCGGUUGGGGAGCAUCGAGCACAGGUCAGCGUGGAAGUCUUGGUAGAAUACCCUUUUUUUGUAUUUGGACAAGGCUGGUCAUCCUGCUGCCCUGAGAGAACCAGCCAGCUCUUUGAUUUGCCAUGCUCCAAACUCUCGGUGGGGGACGUCUGCAUAUCGCUCACGCUCAAGAACCUGAAGAAUGGCUCUAUUAAAAAGGGCCAGCCCAUGGACUCAGCUAGUAUCUUGCUGAAGCAUUCAAAGAAUGACAGUCUAGCUGGAAGUAGACACAGGUAUGCGGAGCAGGAAAACGGGAUUAAUCAGGGAAGCGCACAGAUGUUAGCUGAGAACGGUGAACUGAAGUUUCCGGACAAAAUAGGAUUGCCUGCAGCACCUUUGCUCACCAAAACAGAACCCAGCAAGCCCCCGGCAACGAGGAAGAGGAGGUGGUCAGCCCCAGAAACACGAAAACUAGAGAAAUCAGAAGAGGAGCCACCUUUGACUCUUCCCAAGCCUUCUUUUAUUCCUCAGGAGGUUAAGAUUUGCAUUGAAGGUCGAUCCAAUGUAGGAAAGUAAAAGUUGUUUG